CUUAUAUCUAUUUUAAGUUCAUUUGGUAUUUAAAUAUUUAGAAGAACUAUUAAAUCAAAAAUAGGAAAAGAGAGCCAAUGGAGGGGCUACAUGAAACCAUACAAAUAGGAACAAGCAUUGGAAGCCUAUGAAAACUGGAAUUGUAGCUUGAUUUGAAUGAAGUGGUCCAUUUAAGAAAAAUCUCGAUUGAAUUGGCCAUAAUCUGAAUUUGUAUUCUUGACUUGCAUUUGUUACAAGACUAGAGGGGAAAAAAAUACUGUGAAGUAGUAGAAUUUAAUAGUGAUAUAUAGUAUUAUUGAAGAGUAUAGCAGAGCCAAAUGCAAAAUGACCAAAAUCUUAUAGCCACACCCUUAUAUGGUGACAAAAGAGAGAUGGUAUAGUACCUUCAAUUAUUUCAAAAGUUAGCAUAGGGUAGUCAAUUCACUCCAGCAAAAGAUAUGAAAAGAAACUGUGACUUCAGUCAUUCACGCUGAAUACCUCAAGUCAUAGUACCUGUUCCUCUUAAGAAAAAAUUAAAAAUUAGAAACACCAAAACUCUUCAUUCAACAAUUGGGACCCCUUAAAAUUUGAUGAGAGAUUCAUUGCAUCAAUGAUCAAAAGAAAACCCCUACUACUCAUCAUCCCUACUUUCCAUAUCUUUCUCCCUUAAAAAAAAAAAAAAAGAAAAGAAAACUCUUCACACUUCACACUUUUUCCUUCUUUCUAUUAUUCCUCCUUAGACUAUGGAAUCCUCAAAAAAAUACCCCAAUGGACUAAAAUUCUCAGUGACCAUGAUUCUCAUCAUUUCUCUAACCUUGUUUCCUUCUAAUUCAGGGUCACCUUCCAAUUCAAAUUCAAUUUCAAGUUCAAGCAACAACAACAACAACAACAAUGGUUUGAUGCAAAAGAAGCUGGUAUUAGGAUCAAGGCCUCCAAGGUGUGUCAACAAAUGCUUGAACUGCAGACCUUGCAUGGCUGCUCUUGUUAUCACUCCUCACCAUAGAGAUGGCCACAUUCACAAGGAAACUGCUCCAAGAGAUGAAGGCUAUUAUCUCUUGUCAUGGAAGUGCAAAUGUGGUAACAAGUUCUUUGAACCUUAAUAAAAAAUAAAACAAAAAAAAAACAAAAAAAAAAACUUUGAUGAUAAACAUUUGGGUGUAUACUGUGUAUAGUGCCUAAUUAUAGUGGCAUACUUAAUUAUACACUUUGAGCUUGGGGGAAAUUUUUAGUGUGCCAGGUGCUUGUUUAGUAUUAACCCAAAUUCCCAACAUUCUCUCCUUUCCAAAUUAAUCAAUCAAUACCCAACAAACUUGG